GUUCGAGGUCUAUCUCAUUCUCCUGUGGGUAGAUCAGACGGUCGAACUCCUGUAUUCUUAUAACCUCUGGAGGCUGUCAUAGGGUACAGAAAAGAUGGCUUUUCGACUACCCGGGAGCGGAGGACUUUCGGUGUCUCAGGAAAUGCGAGAAAUUCUUGGGCAGCCUGGGUUUCUGAGCAUAGGGAGGGGGGGACAGAAGCUCAGGCAAUUGUAUUCCUUCCAUUCCCGUUCAUUCAAGUCUACUCUGCUUACCCGCUUCGGGCUGGCCUGUUACCUCGGAGAGCUGGACUCCGUGAAGAAGGAUGUACAAGCCGGAUCGGCGCCUGAUCUGACUAGCUGGGAGACAGCAUUCCAGUUCGGCUACGCCACCUUGGUCGUCGCCGGCGCGCAAAGGGCCGAGAGGCUUGACGGUCAACCGAUGUACCACGCCGACGUUCUCAAGUUUCUACUCUCCUCCGGUGCACCCCCAGACGUCCCGGACAUCGUCGGAUCCACAGCCCUGCACCACGCUACGAUGAACGAUAACGCACGAGUCGACCUCGCCCGUAUCCUCCUACAGAACGGAGCGAACGUGAACCACCAGGACCGCUACGGCUGCGUCCCGCUCCUCGGUUGCUUCCAAAGUAACCAGGUCGAGGCGGUAGAGUUGCUCAUGGAGUUCGGAGCGGACGUCAACAUCCCCGAUGCCGAUGGGAUUGUACCCAAUAACUUUCUUUUGAGGUGCGGGCCACAGGUGACAGCCGCCGUGCAGAAGUGGCUGCGGAAGCGAUCUGGGGUGGAAGCACCCAUGGAGGAGAAGAAGUGCGAUAACUGUGGCAAGCAACCCUUGGGCAAGGAUGUGAAAUUGAAGAUGUGCUCUGCAUGUCGCACGACGUGGUAUUGUUCCACCCAGUGCCAGCGACAACACUGGAAGAGCCACAAACCGAACUGCCGUCCAUUCUCCCAGUCCACCACGGUCACCCUAAUCCCGACCUACUAUGAGCACGGCACCCUCACCCCCAUGGCCGACUUCAUGCGCAAUAUGACCGGCGUCACCUCCACCGCCCCCAAGUUCACCUCUACUGCCCCGCCGAAACCAAGUCUUUCGAACAAAGCCAUGGUCAUCAAGGUCCAGGUGCCCUGGUCCCUGGUAGGGGGCACGCCUGUGAACAGCCCGGAGACGCCAUUGCUGAUAUACAACAAGAAGCGGGAUUUUGUGUGCUCGGUCUUCAGGAGCAGCAACCCGGCAGCGUACGAUCAGAUUCAGGACGUGGUGCGGAAGCGCGGUGUGGGCGGCGCGAAGGGGUAUUUCCCGGCUGAGCUGGAGAACCCUGGGAAGCUCGUGGUUAAGGUUGAUCAGAUCCUCGCUGAACAGCCGUUCUGAUGUCCUCGGAGUCCUCGUUACUGGGUUUGUUACUUGUUUUGUUGCGCUGCGUCUGGUGGUCGUGUGUUGUAUAAUAGCUGUCCAGCCUGGACCUGUAUUAUGUCUUUUGUUAUCAUGUACAAUUGUUAUAUUGUCAUCACCUCUCUUCACCUAAUUUCCAACCAUCAAUGAUCACGUUUC